GGUCACUCUUUACCAGCCGGCAUUUACCAAAAACAGAAUAAUGGCAGAUAAAAAGGUGGGUGGCAACAAUGACGGUAAGGAGAAGCGCCGCAAGGAGUCCAUUCUGGACCUCUCCAAGUACUUGGAGAAACAGAUCCGCGUGAAAUUCGCGGGCGGCCGCGAGGCAUCCGGAAUCCUCAAGGGCUACGAUGCGCUGCUCAAUCUGGUGCUGGACAACACGGUGGAGUAUCUGCGCGACUCGGAUGAGCCCUACAAACUGACCGAGGAGCAGACCCGCAGCCUGGGACUGGUCGUCUGUCGCGGCACAGCCCUCGUCCUCAUUUGUCCGCAAGACGGAGUCGAGAGCAUCGCCAAUCCGUUUAUAACGCAAUAGUCCAAGGUUUUGUGGCUGGGAUGCGUUCCAGAAUGUAGACUAAGUACAAAGCUCUUUUGGAAAUCGGUUUAAAUAUAUUUAGCGGAGACAUACAUACGUAUAAAUUAGUUCUUAAAAUCUAAUCAGGCCGCAAAGUACCACGUUUAUGAGCCCGCGAAAUUGUUUAAGCUUCUCCAUAAAAUUCAGAGUGUUCCGAUUUUAAAUUAAUGCACUUUAUCCUCUUCAGGUAUGUUACGAAGUUAUCUACGGGUUUGCUUACGGUCAGAUUUUGAAAGCUGAAUCAUCUAAAUAUGCGUAAUCCAAUUUAUAAAUAUUAAUUUUUCUAAACAAUU